GUAUUCUGAUGGCUACUGCCCUGUUUUCCACAGCUAUGGAUCUAUGCGUACUUCCCGACACUAGCCCCGGAGCUCGAGGUGGCGAUGCCUCCCAUGACCCCUUACUCGCUGGUAUUUGAGGGCCCGUACCGGCCGAGACCUCGGGAGUCUCUUCUUUAUCUACGGCAGUACUUUGACACAGUAUGGCCAUCAGAGGUAUUGUAGAACUCUCAGUUUUUCAAGUUUCCAAUCUUGCGCAUUUACAAUUUCUGAUCAGCUUAUGCAUUGGUUAUCCACAGAUCACAUGGCAGCCUUGGGCGCCUUUAGGUAGUGACCUCCAAUUCCAGUUUGCCGGAGCCUGGGGUGCCUCUCGGUACUGGAUCCUGUUAGAGGGGCCGGUUGGCAGGGCUUGGUUUUUAGGGGAGCGGUUCCUGCGCCAGACAUUGGGCUACCCCGCUCAGGACAUUCCCUCAGUACCCCCAGACGACAUGCGGACCGCUGGUAGGCUCCCUCCCCAGGGUGUUGUCAACGCCAGGUUGGGUACUGAUGCAUUUCUUCAUCUGGAGCAGGGAGUGUAUGCGACUUAUCAUCACACAUACUUGAUGCCUUCAUUGACGGGAGUCCAUACCCCGACGAGGAGACCCGCUGGUAUGCCCCCAUCGAGCCGGGCUCGGGCUGCGGACGUCCCUUCCACUAGCAGGGCUGGUACAUCCAGAUGUGGGGGUGGAUUGGUUCCCCCGAUUCCUCCGACUCAUCAUCAUCCUCGGUGGCUAGACAUGAUGACCGAGCUAACGGGAUAGCAAUUCGGGACUCCCUACUCGAUUCCGAUAGAGCCUCCCAUGUCUGACGACAGAUAUGUCAGAGAUCCCGAUUCGCCGCCGCCUCCUAUCGAGUAUAUGGAUGAGAUGCUCGGGAUGAUGGCCGCACUCGAGGGCAUGGUCUUACGGAGAGAGGCACAGUUGUCCAUCAUGGGUGUCCAGAUGCCUCCAGUAUAUCAGCCACAGACCGGGCCAUCCAGGCCUUCUCGGGGAGCCGGGCCAUCUCGACUUUCUUGGGGAGCCGGACCAUCUCGACCUUCUCGGGGAGCCGGGCCAUCUCAGCCUUCUCGCGGGACCGGGAGAGGGGAGUCGUCCCGCAGAUGCAAAGCACAUAUUGUAGAGGAGGAGCCCGGUGAGGACGAAGAGGAGGAGGAGGCUGCAGAUCGUCAGUCAGAGACAUCUACUGACAGAGAGGAGGGUUCCGACCCUGGUUCCGGGAGUGGAGAGGAGGCUGAGGAGGAUCCCGAGGAUGACAGUUCCGACUCAGAUGGUGUCGGUGGUGCAGAGCCUAUUCCGCAGAAGAGGACAAAGAGGGCCUCUUAUUCCUGCUCUUGAGAGCAUUGGCGCAGCUGUUUCUUGCUUUAUUUACCGUUUUACUAGUAGUUGUAGCACAUUGUACAUUAUU